GUUCACGUUAGCUUGCGCUGUCGUAACAUUCACGUUUGUGUGCAGACGAAUGACUAAUAAUAUAAAUGUCGACAUUAGCAGCUACAGUCAACCUCAGCAGCUAAGCUUUACGUCUGAGAGGUUAACUCUUUCAAAGGAGCGGUUUGGUAAUAUCAUUCGGUGCCGGGCAUUUACUACGAACGCAGCAUCAGUUAGGUUUAUGUUGGUGAAGCUCAACUGGGAAAAUGCGAACGUAAGCCAGGCCACAUAGCUGAACGCUGGCUGGCUGUAUUCAACCACACGAGAACAUAAAUGAUUUCAUGAACGCAUUUGCAGAUUUGGUCUUCAACAGUGGUGAAGAUGCGGAAGGACGUCAGAAUAUUACUGGUGGGAGAGCCCAAGGUGGGGAAGACUUCCCUGAUCAUGUCGCUGGUCAGCGAGGAGUUCCCACAGGUGGUGCCCUACCGGGCUGAAGAGAUCACCAUACCGGCAGACGUCACCCCAGAGAGAGUUCCUACACACAUAGUAGACUACUCAGAGGCGGAACAAACAGAUGAGCAGUUGUCUUCAGAGAUAUCAAAGGCCAAUGUGAUUUGCAUAGUGUACGCCGUCAACAACAAGAAGUCCAUUGAGAAGGUGACCAGCCAUUGGAUUCCACUUAUAAAUGACAAUACAGAUAAGGACAGCAGGGUUCCUGUCAUCCUGGUCGGGAACAAGUCUGACCUGGUGGAACACAGCAGCAUGGAGACUAUCCUGCCCGUCAUGAACCAGUACACUGAGAUAGAGACAUGUGUUGAGUGGAAAGAGAGGGAGUUUGCCGUGCACAGCUUAAAGAUGGAAUCCGCAUCUCAGCACCUUUUGUUAUUGUUUUGUGGACGAAACAGAGGUGAGUGUUCAGCAAAGAACCUGAAGAACAUAUCUGAGUUGUUUUACUACGCCCAAAAGGCUGUCCUGCACCCCACUGGCCCUUUAUACUGUCCAGAGGAGAAACGGAUGAAGCCUGCUUGCAUCAAAGCGCUUACUCGCAUCUUCAAGGUGUCAGACCUGGACAACGAUGGGAUUCUCAAUGAUAAUGAGCUCAACUUCUUCCAGAGGACAUGCUUCAAUGCCCCACUGGCGUCUCAGGCUCUGGAGGAUGUGAAGAACGUUGUGAGGAAGAAUGUGAUUGACGGUGUAUGUGACAACGGCCUCACUCUUAAAGGGUUCCUGUUCCUCCACACCCUCUUCAUCCAGAGGGGGAGACAUGAGACCACCUGGACGGUCCUCAGGAGGUUUGGCUACGACGACGACCUGGAACUCCACCAGGACUACCUGUUCCCACUCACGUUGAAAGUACCUCCAGACUGCACCACCGAGCUGAAUCACAAUGCCUACCUCUUCCUCCAGAGUGUCUUUGACAAACAUGACAAGGACCGGGACUGUGCCCUGUCCCCAGAGGAGCUGAAGGACCUGUUUGACGUAUUCCCCUACAUGCCCUGGGGUCUUGACGUCAACAACACGGUGUGCACCAACGACGAAGGCUGGAUCACCAACCAGGGCUACCUGUCCCAGUGGACGUUGACCACCUACCUGGAUGUCCAGCGCUGCCUGGAGUACCUGGGUUACCUUGGUUACUCCAUCAUCUCUGAACAGGAGUCCCAGGCAGCGGCCAUCACAGUGACGAGGGACAAGAAGAUUGACCUGCAGAAGAAGCAGACUCAGCGCAGUGUGUUCCGCUGUAACGUCUUCGGGGACAGCGGCAGUGGCAAGAGUGGCUUUCUGCAAGCCUUCCUUGGAAGAAACCUCACGCGUCAAAACAUCGUUAGCGAAGAGCAUAUGUCAUACUACGCUAUCAGCACUGCAUAUGUGUAUGGUCAGGAGAAAUACCUACUGCUCCACGAGGUCUUCCCAGACUUUGACGUCCUCUCAGACGCUGACAUGGCUUGUGACAUUGUGUGUCUGGUGUACGAUGCCAGCAACCCCCACUCCUUCGAGUACUGUGCCAGAGUCUUCAAGCAAUACUUCAUGGACACCAAGACGCCGUGCAUGAUGAUCGCAGCCAAGUCGGACCUCCAGGAGACCAAGCAGCUAUACGCCCUCACCCCUCUGGAGUUCUGUAGGAAGCACAAGAUGCCCCCUCCACAGGCCUUCACCUGCAACACGGCAGGCGCACCCUGCAAAGACAUCUACACCAAACUCACCACCAUGGCCAUGCACCCUCAUGCUCGGCUGCGCUGUAUGUGUACCUGUAACAGGUGCACCUUCUGCCACCUGCAGAACUUCAUCAACUCAGAGCUGGUGCAGACGGUGAAGGCCAAGCUCUACACCGCCAUUCUCAGCAGACAUGUGACACAGGCUGACCUGAAGAGCUCCGCCUUCUGGUUGAGAGUGAGCGUGGGAGCCACCGUGUUCGCCGUGCUGGGCUUCGCCAUGUACAGAGUGCUGCUCAAACAACGGUGAUCCACCCACCAACAUCACCAUGCAAACCCAACCUUUGCGAGACUUGUACCCAAAUAUUUCUGUGCUGUUUUGGCAACUACUAUGGUGUAUGGAGUGAAUCCUAGCUUCCAGUUAAGUUGAAUUUUCACUUAGUCAUAUAUUGAUGUCAAUGUGAGACUAAGUGAAAAUUCAACUUAAGUGCAAGUUAGGAUCUGCCCCAUAGGCAAUAGGAGAUGGCAGGACAGCACAAACGGAUCUCAGACCAGGCUAAACCUUGCACCCUCUCCCAAUAAAUAUCUCUCUAAGAUCAUAAAAGAUCCACUAUGUGAUGAGGGGGAAAAAGCAAACGUUAUUUAGUUUUAUACCUAGAGAUUUCAUUUUGGUUUCUGAAAGUCUGUACUCAAAGUAUGGCUAUAUAUAAUAUUUAUAUUGAAAAUGUGAUUAUAUAACUACUACUGAUGCAGCUUGUGAUCUCUUCGUGCAAAAUAUAUUUUUUUUGUUGGUUACCUGUGUGGAUUGAAAUGGGGAAACAAUUCCAUCUUAAGCAGUUGAAGUAAGGGUAGUGAAAUGAGUAUGCAAAAUAACCAAUACCAUACACAAAAAUAUAUGCUUUAAAACAAACACUGAAACAAUGUAUAAAUAAUGUGUAUAUAUAACUGCUUGUAUAUUUGUUUUCCCUUGAACAAACGGGACAUUAUGAAGUUCAUAUGCUGACGGUAUAAUGGUACAACAAAGCCCCAUUCAAUGCUAUAAAGGCAUUAGCUUUCCAUCAUUUGUUUAGUAUUUUCAAAUUUUCUCAAACAAGUUCAGUAAGGGCUGUUCUACUGUUAUUAAAAGAAGGUUGUUCUUUAGUUUGCCUUCCAGGGUCAGAAGCUUGGUGGCACACGUACAAAUUUGUAAGGCUGAAUCAGCCCAUGUUCAAUCAAUGGCUGUUCCAUAUGGGAUGAUACUUUUUGUGUGUCUGCGCCUUACCCCUAGAACUCAGUAAGGCAGAAGUAGCCUCUGUGGCCCACCCAUGGCUUCCUGUAUGGGUAUGGACCACCCAGGUGGUGUGUGUGUGUUGGGCAUGCAUGUCAAAUGUGUGUGUGUGUGUGUGUGUGUUGGGCGUGCAUGUCAAAUCAAAUUGUGUGUGUUGGGCGUGCAUGUCAAAUCAAAUUGUGUGUGUUGGGCGUGCAUGUCAAAUCAAAUUGUGUGUGUUGGGUGUGCAUGUCAAAUCAAAUUGUGUGUGUUGGACAUGCAUGUCAAAAUUGUGUGUGCUUGCUAUGUGAGGCUGUACAGUUAUUGUAUUUGCAGGAGCUGUAUUUGCAUGCUUUGCUUUUUCUGAUCAUCCUCCAAUAUUGUUAUAAUAUCAAAUAUACUGUUAUUAUGAAGCCAACAUUCUUAAUGGUAUUAUUCCAAUUAUACAAAUGUUAUCCAGCACCCCCAACUCCCAGAAUAUUAGGACAAUUGUGUUUCACGUUUGCCUUUCCAGUGUUUAUAAUAAAUACAUCUACUUUAA